UUAUUAUUCUAUUAUUUUUAGUUUAAAAAUAUUAUUAUUGAAAAAAAAAUACAUUUACUUUUAAUACACAUUUUUGAAAUGGCAAGUAAAAAAGCAAUUGAUGGAAUUAAAAAAAUAUUAUCAUUUUCAAUAAAACGUAAUGGAUUUGACAGGGUUCUAGAUAAGGUGGAUGUAACAUCUGCUGGUAAUGGCCAAUGUACUGCUGAGAUGGUCGUCAACGUAGAACAUACUAAUGUACAUGGGACUCUCCAUGGAGGUUUUACAGCAACUGUUGUUGAUGUAAUUUCUAGUAUGGCAGUAUUAACUCAUCCAAGAGUUAUUGACAAUAUUGAAUCUUUUCCAAAUAGUGGUGUUACAGUUGAUCUUCAUGUUUCGUAUUUGGCUUCAGCAAAAAUUGGUGACCGAGUGGUCAUUAAUGCAGAAACUUUAAAACUUGGAAAAAAUUUAGCAUUUUUAAAAGUGUCAUUGAUCAGGAAAGAUGACAAUGUUACUAUAGCAGAAGGAACACAAACUAAAUUUGUGGGAUGACUAAAAAUAUUUUUCACUUUAUAUUACAUAUGAUAGUAGAUUUUAAUUGAUUUUCAUAUU